CUGGGCGGAAUGUCAAGUUUAGUUAUGCAGAAAAUGUGGCAUUAGUGUGGGAGCUGAUGAAGUAUCAGCGCCAGCUAUUUGGGCCUGAGUCAGCCAAGGUGCCAACACGGAAGAAGACGGUGUUGUGGGCGAAAGUAGUUGCUGCUGUAAAUAGUGAGGGGGUGGUGAAGCGGACGGAGGACACGUGCCGCAAACGGUACUAUGACAUAAAGCGACGUGUCAAGUCCAAAAUGGCCAAGGAGGCGAAGUCGGCUCGCAAAACCGGUGGUGGUCCGCCCUUUAUUGCCACAUAUGUGGACUAUGAGGAGCCCAUGCGGACUAUAAUCCCUCCAGAAGUAGUGUCUGCAACCCAUGUCCGGGAUUCCGAUCGCCCCAGGAAGGAUGUGUUGAAAAAAAGCAGUACUGGUCGUCCUACAGUCACUCCCAUCACAUCUGAUGAUGAUGACGCUGCGGAAGCAGGUCCAUCCAAAGAAGUCUUAAGCAGCAGAAGGCGCACUUCUGGAACACACCACAAAAAACAUCUCCCAGCAAAGAAAGUAAAGUCUGAUGUCCAGGGCCAACCACAGCAGGCUACCACGCCACGAACUUUAUCUACUGUUUGUUCGGUGCCCCCACUCCAAAUUUUGGACACACCUCCAAGACGCCAACCACACUCCCCUCAUCUUGAUUCUUCUAGUCCAGGUACCAGCAUCCCUCCGCAACAACAGCAACACAGUGACAUGGAUGACACAAUCACGUUAGAAAUGCAUCCAGUAAUCGAAGGAAUCAGCCCCCCAGCACCUGUGAGUACUCCACCACAGCAAAGCACACCACCACCCCAACACAGCCCAACAACACCAGUAACACAAGGCCCUGAUCAAGUGAUCUGGACCAUUUGGGCUAGACAGUAGGCCACUAAUGAAGAUUGCCUGCGUAGGCAGACCCAAAUGUUUGCAAGCCUACCAUCUCACCUCAGAGGAAUCAGCAGAAAUCUGAGUAGACAAAAUGAAACAAACACAAGAAUUGCAAAUACCAUGGAAAUCAUGCGUGCAGACAUUACACAUGUCAUGGGCAACUUACAGCGCAUAAUUGAAGAACAGCACAGACAACAGCAAAGCUAUAUAAACAUUUUAGAAAGCAAUCAAAUGAUCAAUGAAUCCAUGUCCAGAAUUGUAGACAAUCAAAAUGCUGCAACACGUGAACUCAAUGCCUCCCUCACUAACCUCAAUGAAACACUCAGAUCCCUGCAGCAACAUCAAGCAAGCAGCAGUUCUGGUACGACUACUCCAAAUGUGACGCCAGUGUCAUCACCACCAAGGCGCUCCACCAGAGCACGCCAACACGACAGUGGUAAAGGCAAAGGCCAGGACAAGCAACCACCCAAAUAAACUUUUUUUUUUUUUAAAACACACCCAUUUCUUUAAAGAGAAGAGAAACAAAACACUUACCAAGUGUAUGAUUAACAGAAUAUAUAUAACACUUAGCUCCUUGACAAUUUGUACAACAUCAUUAAUUAUAACUGGUACAAACAACAACAGGAAUUUUUUUUGCAAAUUUCUUCUUUAUCAUCUUUGUAUUUUUUGUUAGCAGGAAACUGUUGUUUGAGCUGCACAUAGAUGUUAGCAUGCAGAAAGCAGACCACUUGAUUUUUUUCUAAUCAUUACUCUUUCUAGAUUCUAAUCAUUCUUUAAGCCAGCAGACAGACUAAUUGGCAGCCAGGCAGAUUGUCUUAAGCAGGCAGAAAGCAGACCACUUGAUUUUUUUUCUAAUCAUUACUCUUUCUAGAUUAUAAUCAUUCUUUGAGCCAGAAGACAGACUAAUUGGCAGCCAGGCAGAUUGUCUUAAGCAGGCAGAAAGCAGACCACUUGAUUUUUUUUCUAAUCAUUACUCUUUCUAGAUUCUAAUCAUUCUUUGAGACAGCAGACAGACUAAUUGGCAGCCAGGCAGAUUGUCUUAAGCAGGCAGAAAGCAGACCACUUGAUUUUUUUCUAAUCAUUACUCUUUCUAGAUUCUAAUCAUUCUUUCAGCCAGGAGACAGACUAAUUGGCAGCCAGGCAGAUUCAUCCAUGACCAAUACAAUUUACAAUGUGAAUUGUAUCUGUUUAACAUUUCUUCUCUAGAUGAAUUGACAAUAAAAACACAAUUGAGUUGGCUAAAAGUGUCCUAAUAUGUUGGGGAUAAUAUUUAGAUAAUUCAGUCCGAAAAUGACUGACAUUAUUGUUGUGCCAUGUUUGUGUGUGUUAAAAAUAAGUAAUCAGAUUUAAAAACAUGAUGCAGAAACAACAACAUUUGAAAUAUUUGAAAGUUGAACACAAAUGUGUGUAAUAAUGGAUAUAUGUUGAAAAAUGUGUAUUGCCUUACAAAUCUACAAGAUUUGGGCUGCAAACA